CUCGCCAUCGCUCAAAUAUGCUAGAGCGAUAACAUAAAGUCGAUUUUCGAUGAUCGCGGCUGUCCGGGUAUAUAACGGUGUCGGCGGCACCGGCACGCCACUCCGCAUCCGCCAUGUCACCGCUCCGCUCGCCGCUCCGUACACGGCUCGCCCGCUCGCUGCUCGCGGUCGCCGCGCUUCUCACUUUCGCACACGCGAAAAACUGCACGCUGGUGCAACUCGGAAUUGUCACCGAUUUUGCCGUUUUUUUCAAACCAGUUAUAUUACCGCCAGGAGGCGAGCUACUUGAGUUGGACCCGGGGGUUGACGACAAUAUCGUGGGCGUGAUGACCACGGCGUGCAACAACGACACGGCCGGCGCUGCGCCGGAGAUCGUGCAGGUGUACGAGGACGCGUUCACGGUGCUCGACGUGCGCUGCCCCGACGACUGCCCCGCCGGCGGCCUGGCGCUGCCGCUGCUGUUCUUCCGGCCGGGCCCGCCCCCGCCUCCACCACAACACAUCACUGGGCUGUAGUAAAAAACUAUACUCGAAACUUCCUUCAAGACCAAACAAACUACGACACUGUCAAAACUGUCAAAGUGACUCAUGACACAGUCAAGUAAACUUCUCAGGUCUCGUCAAGCUUUUUGUAAUAAAUAAUAAUAAUAAAACAUUUAAUUCAGACAAA